AUUCUGAAUACAUCAAAAUCAAAGACCGGAUAAGAAAAUUGUAUAGAAUUUCUUGAAAAUAGAAGUUUUCUUCCAUAAAUCCUUGACUAAUAACUUUAACUUUAAUAAAUAUCACCACGAUGACUGAUAUAAAAUCGUUUUUCCAUGAGUGGUGUGCUAAAAACAAAGCGGAACCAGCAUUUGAUGUCCGGCCAACUGGACCGAAACAUCGUCAACGCUUCCUCUGCGAAGUGCGCGUGGCUCCCUAUCCCUACGUCGCUGCUGGAAACUCGACAAACAAAAAAGACGCCGAGCGUAAUGCUGCUCGAGAUUUCAUCAACUUCCUCGUAAGAAGCGGCAAAAUAGCUGCCGGUGAUGUGCCUGGUGAUAUGGGCGUUGGUGCUGGCGGGGGCGGCCCUCCAGGCGAUGGCGAUUCAGGCCAAGGAGGAGGCGGUGCCAAUGACGGUGGAUUCGGCGGUGGAUCGAAUCGCCGAGUCUUCUCAGAUAACAUGGGUCCCCAGGACUUGGGCCAGGCCUAUCGGCCAAUGGAGAACCGUGAAUUCAAUUUCAUCGAUCGAGCUCAACAACAACUCAAGAUGGAGGAAGCCGAGUCGCUCGAUGUGAAUUCCGCCAUUCACGGCAACUGGACCAUCGAGAAUGCCAAAGCCAAAUUGCAUCAAUUCAUGCAAAUGAACAAGAUCCAAGCCGAUUAUAAAUACACGGCCGUUGGCCCCGAUCACUCCAGGAGUUUCAUGGCAGAAAUGCACAUUUAUGUUCGUGAAUUGAAGCGUAACAUAACUUCCCGUGAAACCGGGUCGAAUAAACAAUCGGCGAGUAAAUCGUGUGCUCUGUCACUGGUCCGACAGUUGUACCAUUUGGGUGUUAUCGAAGCCUUCUCGGGAACUCUGAAACAACGUAAAGACGACGAAGAGCUGAAACCUUAUCCAGUUGGGGUUAAUCCACAGCUUGUUGUAGAGGUUGAAAACGUUGCCAAUGAAUUGGGACUAGCCAUUGCCAAUCCAUUAGGAGCUCCUAACGAGUCUACUCCAAUUAGUUUAGUGGUUGGUGUGAAGAAGGAGCCACAACGGAAGCUAAGUGAUGCCCAGAUUCAAGGCGCUGUCAUUCCAUGGGCUCCACCACAACCCAAUUGGAAUGCUUGGAAUGCGUGUAAUAUCGAUGAGGGUUACUUGGCCAAUGCAAGUCUCGAUGAGCUUUGCAAUGAUCUGGAAGCAACAACAAAAGAAAAACGAAUGAAUAAUCCAGAAUAUCAGAAAUUCCUUGAGUUCCGUGAGAAACUUCCAAUCUCAGCAAUGCGUAGCGAGAUCAUGACAGCAAUCAACGACUGUCCAGUGGUCAUUAUUCGCGGUAAUACGGGUUGUGGUAAGACAACCCAAAUCGCCCAAUACAUUCUGGAGGAUUACAUAAGCUCAGGCCAAGGAGCCUGGUGUAACAUCUAUGUCACCCAACCGCGUCGAAUCUCGGCCAUUUCUGUGGCUGAGCGCGUGGCCAAUGAACGUUGUGAAAACCUCGGCGAGAGCGUGGGUUACUCUGUUCGAUUCGAGUCGGUAAUGCCGCGUCCCUAUGGAGCUAUCCUCUUUUGUACCGUGGGUGUAUUGUUGCGAAAGCUUGAAGCAGGUCUGCGGGGUAUCUCUCACAUUAUUGUCGAUGAAAUUCACGAACGUGACGUGAACAGUGACUUCCUGUUGGUCAUUCUGCGAGACAUGAUCCACACAUAUCCCGAUUUGAGGGUGAUUCUUAUGUCGGCCACCAUCGAUACGACCAUGUUCUCGAAUUACUACGGUGGGUGUCCAGUCAUUGAGGUACCUGGUCGGGCUUAUCCAGUGCAACAGUACUUCUUGGAGGACUGCAUUGAGAUGACUGGCUUCGUGCCAACUCCAGAGAAUCGCAAAAACCGCAAGGAAAAGGAUGACGAUGAAACAGCAGUGGCUGCCGAAAAUGCUGAUUCAGCGGAAUUCCAAAACUUCAACAAGGUCAUCAAUGACCCCAAGUAUUCACAGCAAACUCGCAGUUCAAUGGCUUUGAUCUCAGAGUCGGAAUGUAGCUUCGAGUUGAUUGAAGCGCUUCUGGCCCACAUAAAGAGCAAGAAUGUUGCCGGAGCCAUCCUCAUUUUCCUUCCAGGUUGGAAUUUGAUUUUCGCGCUGAUGAAGUUCUUGCAGAAUAGUUCCAAUUUUGGUGGACCGAACUUUAGGAUUCUACCAUGUCAUUCACAGAUUCCGAGAGAGGAUCAAAGGAAGGUGUUCGAGCCAGUUCCCAAUGGAGUAACUAAGAUCAUCCUUUCUACAAACAUUGCUGAGACUUCCAUAACCAUCGAUGACAUCGUAUUUGUCAUCGACAUUUGCAAGGCUCGCAUGAAGAUGUUCACUUCGCACAACAAUCUCACCAGUUAUGCCACAGUCUGGGCGAGCAGAACCAACUUGGAGCAGCGCAAAGGUCGUGCUGGUCGUGUACGUCCAGGUUUCUGUUUCACGCUCUGUUCUAAGGCUCGAUUUGAUGCUCUGGAGGAACAUCUUACACCGGAGAUGUUCCGGACGCCACUUCACGAAAUGGCUCUGACUAUAAAGUUGUUGCGUUUGGGUUCUAUUCAUCAGUUCUUGUCCAAGGCCAUCGAACCACCACCGCUCGAUGCUGUAAUUGAAGCCGAAGUCCUUCUGCGUGACAUGCGGUGUUUGGAUGCUUCGGACGAGUUGACUCCGCUUGGAAAGAUUCUUGCUCGGCUUCCAAUCGAACCGCGGUUGGGUAAAAUGAUGAUUUUUGGUGUGAUAUUCGGUUGUGGGGACAUCCUCUCGGGAAUGGCAGCCUAUUCGAGUACAUUUUCGGAGGUAUUUGCUCUGGAUAUGGGUCAACGACGUUUGGCCAAUCAUCAGAAGGCUUUGGGCGGUCGAAAGUGCUCCGAUCAUGUAGCUAUGGUUGUGGCCACCCAGAUGUGGGAAAAUGCCCGACACAAGGGUGAGGAUGAGGAGAUUCGUUUCUGUGAAUGGAAGGGACUGCAGCUAUCAACAAUGCGAGUAAUGGCCGAUGCUAGGAAUCAACUUCUGGAUCUCCUGCAGCAGGCUGGCUUCCCCGAAGAGUCAAUGAUAACCGGGAAGGUGGAUGCCAAUUCGAAUGAUCCUGUCUUGGAUAUGACUACAGCUUUGCUGUGCGCCGGAUUGUAUCCAAAUGUUUGCUAUCACAAGGAGAAGCGUAAGGUUCUUACGACCGAAUCCAAGGCCGCUCUGAUUCACAAAACUUCGGUAAAUUGCAGCAAUUUGGCUGUCACCUUCCCCUAUCCAUUCUUUGUCUUCGGAGAGAAGAUUCGGACGCGAGCGGUUUCUUGCAAACAGAUGACAAUGGUGGCUCCCUUGCAUUUACUUCUGUUUGGCUGCCGUAAGAUCGACUGGAUCAAGGACAACAUUGUGCGAUUGGACAAUUGGUUGAACUUUGAAAUGGAUCCAAAAACAGCGGCUACAAUUGCGGCACUAAAGCCAGGCAUCGAGGAGCUGAUCACAAUUGCAUGUAACAAUCCAGAAGACGUCUUGAAAAUGGAUGAUGCUAAUGCCAGGCUAGUUCAAGUCGUGAAGGAUCUAUGUGUUAUGGAUGCGGGAGAUUAUCAAGUGUCUCGUGAUGCGGGGGUUUUACCAUUCCAAAGUAGGAUGGGAGGAGGUGGAGGAGGAGGCGGUCCACCAAAUAAAAUGCGUCGCAUGGAUGGAGGAGAUGGAAGCGGUGGAUUUGGAGGUGGUGGUGGUUUUGGUGGCAAUGGAGGUGGUGGACGGUAUGGAAGCAGUGGUUUUGGAAAUGGAGGUGGUGGAUUUGGAGGUGGCGGUGGUGGUGGUCGAUAUGGCAGUGGAGGUGGUGGUGGCUAUGGAGGUGGUGGCGGAAGAGGAAGCUUUGGCGGUGGUGGUGGCGGUGGAUACGGAGGCGGUGGUGGCGGGGCUGGAUACGGAAGUGGAGGUGGUGGUGGAUACGGAAGUGGUGGUGGUGGUGGCUACGGAGGUGGUGGUGGUUAUGGAGGUGGUGGACGAUUUGGUGGCCGUGGAGGUCGCGGAGGGAGACGAUUUUAAGAUAUAAAUAAUAAACUAGUAUUUAAAUCAAAACUUAAUUUUCUAUUUAUUUUUUCUCACCACAGAGAAAUAUGAAACAUUUUUCAUGGAACUUUUUGUUUUUUUUGAUAAAUUAAAAAUGUUCAACGAACUGGUA